GGCGCGGUGGCCCGGCUGGGCUGCUGCAUGUAGCGGCGUCCUCUUUUUCUGUCUGCCUCCAUGUUGAGUGGAUCUCGGGGCUGCGGGAGCGAAGAGGUGGUUCUGGAGUGGGCAUGGUGGCUGGAGACCUGGCGGCGGCAUCCUAGUGUGCCUUGGAUAUUCUGGAGGAGUUGCUUUUCUAUCCCAGCUAGUCGGCUCCUGAAAGUCUGUUCAAAAAUGGCUUGGGCUCUGAAGCUGCCCUUGGCGGACGAAGUCAUCGAGUCAGGCCUAGUUCAGGAUUUUGAUGCCAGCCUUUCUGGCAUUGGCCAAGAGCUAGGCGCUGGUGCGUACAGCAUGAGUGAUGUCCUUGCCUUGCCCAUCUUUAAGCAAGAAGAAUCCAGCUUGCCUCCUGACAAUGAGAACAAAAUUCUGCCCUUUCAGUAUGUAUUGUGUGCUGCCACUUCCCCUGCUGUGAAACUUCAUGAUGAAACUCUCACCUAUCUUAAUCAAGGUCAGUCUUAUGAAAUCAGAAUGCUGGACAACAGGAAAAUGGGGGAAUUGCCUGAACUAAAUGGGAAGCUUGUAAAGAGUAUAUUUAGAGUGGUGUUCCAUGACCGGCGGCUGCAGUACACAGAGCAUCAACAGUUGGAGGGCUGGAGAUGGAACAGGCCAGGGGACAGAAUACUGGAUAUUGAUAUUCCAAUGUCUGUGGGUAUAAUAGAUCCCAGAGCAAAUCCAACACAGUUGAAUACAGUAGAGUUUCUUUGGGAUCCUUCAAAGAGGACUUCUGUAUUUAUUCAGGUGCAUUGCAUCAGUACAGAGUUCACUAUGAGGAAGCAUGGUGGAGAGAAAGGUGUGCCAUUCAGAGUCCAGAUUGACACCUUCAAGGAAAAUGAAAAUGGGGAAUACACAGAGCAUUUGCAUUCUGCCAGUUGCCAGAUCAAAGUCUUCAAGCCCAAAGGAGCAGAUAGAAAACAAAAGACCGACAGAGAGAAAAUGGAAAAGCGAACUCCUCACGAGAAGGAAAAAUAUCAACCUUCAUAUGAGACAACAAUACUUACCGAGUGCUCUCCAUGGCCUGAGAUCACAUAUGUCAACAAUGUGCCAUCACCUGGCUUUAGCAGUUCUCACAGCAGUUUCUCUAUCAGUGAAGGGAACGGGUCUCCAAACCACCAACCUGAACCUCCAGCUCCAAUUACAGAUAACCUCUUACCAACAUCCACACCUCAGGAAGCUCAGCAGUGGCUGCACCGGAAUCGCUUCUCAACUUUCUCACGGCUUUUCACAAACUUCUCAGGGGCAGACUUACUGAAAUUAACCAGAGAAGAUGUCAUACAAAUAUGUGGUCCUGCAGAUGGCAUCAGACUCUUCAAUGCAUUGAAAGGACGGAUGGUACGGCCAAGGUUGACCAUCUAUGUUUGUCAAGAGUCACAGCAGUUGAGAGAUCAGCAGAAGCAUGAAGAUGGGGAUGCAGCCAAUGGAACUUUUUUCGUUUACCAUGCAAUCUACUUAGAAGAAUUGACUGCUGUAGAGCUGACAGAAAAAAUAGCCCAACUCUUCAGCAUUUCCUCUCAACAAAUCAGCCAGAUCUACAAACAAGGGCCUACAGGGAUUCAUGUACUCAUCAGUGAUGAGAUGAUACAGAACUUUCAAGAUGAAUCAUGUUUUGUCUUGGACACAAUGAAAGCUGAAACCAAUGACAGUUACCACAUCAUCUUAAAAUAGAUGGGGACUUGACCUUCUUGCAUCUGCUCCGCAUAUACAGCUUCAUUGCCAGUUUUGGCAACUGGACACCAGCAGAGACCCAUCUUGCUACCACAACAUGUUGUCUCCUGUUAGGUGAACAAUGUGUAAUGUACAACUACUGGCUUGUAGUAGAUACCAGUCAUAAGCACAGAGCUGCUUAUUUGUAGUUCAGUGAUAUUAUUACACUUGUUUGCUCAUUAAAACUGCCAGACUGUCCAGUGAUGGAACUUUGCAAUUAUGUGUAAUAGAAAGAGGGUUGUGUGAAGCUCUCUGCAGACUACAACCCUAGUACUUUAACAGACUAAACCUUGUUGUUGUGAUGGAUAUCUGGGCACCCUAGGAAUUGUGCAUCCAUUCUGGGGAAACACUUGAAGGUCUUUAUCUCUCAGUUGAUAAUGACAAGUCUAUUUUUAGCAAAUUCUGGAUUGAAAAUUUGUUCUUGUUCUGACUUUUUCAGAACUUGUUUGAGAUAAAGAUCUGUGUACAUAAAGGUGCUCAUAUACAUACAUAUGUGAAUGAUUUUUCUUACUAGUACCAGUUAGGAGAAAGUCAUGAGUUUAUGAAAACUACCUACAUGGGGCUUCACUUGACACUCCUGUUAAAGAGGAUUCGGAGGCAAAAAAAGAAAUGAGGAACUAAAUAUCCAGGGCUGUCUGCUGUUUACUUAAAGAACCCAGCUCCCAAGGAAGAGAGAAAAGACCAUGUUAAAAAUCAGCAACAAAGUAUUGGAAUGACUUAUUUGGGAUUAUGUUGAACUGAUGUAGAAUUUGGAAUGAAAUCCUACAGGAAUUCACUGUCCAAGAAUAGGCUCAUACAGCAAGAAUUUUAUAAUGCUUAUUGAAAAGCUUGUGAUCACUCCAUGGUGACAAAGUGCCUGCGUGUUUGUUUCCAGGGCAGCAACCAGUCUCUUAUAAAAAGGUCUGCACAUUUUGAAAUGGAUGCCAAAAUGGAUGCAUUCUCUGUGUCUUGGAGGGAAAGAUGGGGGAACUAUUUUAGCUACAGGAAAUAAUGUCCUCAAAUUACAAGUGGACAAGUCUGAAGAACAAAGCCAGACUCUCCGUAACCUUUCCAGUCCCCCUAGCAAAAUGACAAAUCUCUGCAAGCUGCAAUCUCACAUUGCAGUAAGAGUGUAAUGUGCUCUUCCAUAAACUAGGUUGUCUUCCUAGUCAGUAGACAUAGGCCAGGAAGCUUAUACAGGCUGAAUUUAACCUAAGGCUGAGAGAUUGAGAAAAGGGCUUUCAUUUUAUUAAAUGGAAACCUAGUUAUGUGUUUCCUGGUAGUAUCAGAUUAUUUGAGAUGUUUUUCAUUUUAAAUGAGUUAUGUGAAAAUUAUUUAAAUAAACUGGAUACUGGGUUAAGAAAAGAAAUAAAUUCUAAAGAGAGACCUGUAGCUUUACCGUUUUUAAGUAGAAUCUAAAAAUGUUAAUUCCCAGCAUUAUACUUGAUCCAUUAAUAAAAAUCAGUUUUAUUUCAGAUUGCCUUUGGAGCUCUGAUUUAUAUUAUGGCAUACUCCCUGCUCUACCUCCCAGGAUGGUUGCCAACCUAAAUUAGGAUGUUGUUUGCUUUAAGAAAAGCUACAAUUCUGCAUCAGACACUCAUGUGGUCCAUCAGGAUGCUUGAGCAGACUGGACAUAGUGAUAAAACUAAAUUAAUGGCGGCCUAAUUCCAAUUAAUGGAUUGUGUGCAUAGACAUAGCAGAAGCAGAGUUUGUUGACAGUUGAUUGAUAGAGUCCCCAAAUUAGUCUUGAAGCAGUAAUCCCAGACGUGCCUUGCACUAUGACAGGGCUUAUAGUGCUCCUAGUUUUAUGGUAUGUGUCCAGAAGACAGCAACCUGGCUUUGUGAUUUCAGUUCAGUAAAAUGUAGCUUAUUAGAACAUGAGCAAGCCUGGUCACUUGUUUAUUGUCCCUCCUUUUCCCUGGUGUGUAUCCAACUUCAGAGGAAAUUGCUUUGCAUCUUAAGCCACAGUUCCCCAGUUCAGAGGUCAUAGGAAACUAUGUCUCAACUCUUUUUAUAUCAAGCUAUAAAACUAGGAUUAAAUUGACAUACUUUUUGAACUGACCAUCAUUGUCCUUCAUACGCAGUCUGUCAAGCAUUAUAUAAUAGUGCAUAAGUGACAGCUUCAUUUUUGCUUCCUUUCUUAAACCUGUGCUAAAUCACUUGGGGAAUGAUUAUAUUUUUUUUGUCCUACAAGCAUGUAUGAGGGUGGUUUGCCAUUUUUCCUGGAACUGUAAUGAUUUGUCAUGUGUUUUUGUUUUUGCUAAACCAUUGAAUGAAACGAUGAGCUAUAAAACAUGGCUGUGGAAUUUUUUUUUAAUUCUCUUGUGGAACCUUGUAUUGAAAUUGUGGGUAACUGCAGACCAGUAAAAAAAGAAGCUGCCACAGUAGAUUGAAAUUGUAUCUAGGUGCCCCAUUGGGGAAACUAGUGAGAUUCUAUAUGAGAAUGGGAGAGCCUGUGUGGUGUGAAGGUGCUGAGCAACCAUGCAUUUUAGUCUUCCUUAGGCAUGGAGGUGGGAUACGUGGCCAUUCAUUCUCUCUCAGUCUUGGACUGGAAAGUCAAAAAACAACUGCUCUCAACCAGCCACUGGACCAGCAUGGAAGACUACGCUCCAUAACCUUCAGUGAACAACCUUCAUGCUUUCAUCCUGCAGUGGACUGAUUCAUGCUAAAUACACACACAGACACACACAGGGAGUGGUUUAGGACAAAAAGUUAUAUUUUAAUCCUUUAAUCAUGAUGACAAGUAUCAUGAGACAAAUGUGUCAUUCUUGUUUUAAGCUUUGCUUUAUUAUACUUUUAUUUUCUGGUAUGCAAGAUCAUAUACACUUCUAAUGUGCUUCCAUGGUCAUAUGAUUAUAUUAUACCCACAUUCAAGUGGUACUGUUCAGUAUGUGAGGAAUGAAUAGAGGCAGUCAUUCCCAGAACCCUUAAACACCAAACACUUUUCUUUAAAAAAAACUGAGUAAGAGAAGAGGAGCUCCAUUUUUCUUUUUGUUGCUAUUUUGCCAUACCCUUAGUAAAUAAAUAACCCAGUUCACUUGCCUAGUAGCAACCCAGCUGUUAGUUAAGGCAGUAGGUACUCUUCCAAAUCACUGCUUUGCUGAUCCAUCAGAAGAUUGUUUGGAACUUGUGUUAACUGAUGUGUGGAACAUUAAUUGUCAUGUUAAAUACAAAGCAGAUGUGAAGUCAAAAAUUUCUUUCUCCAGAAUGGAUUUUUCUCAUGCUUUCAUGGACUUCAAAAUAAAUCAGAGCAACUGGACACUUU